GACGAGCCACGGCACGGUUGGAACAAAUCCCAACAAGUUAUUUUUGCCAUACUGACUGCCUUUGCCCUUUCACCCAAUUCAUGUAUGCUCUUACACAGGACUAUUACAUCAACCCGUUGCCGUCUCCGUGUUACAAGUUCACAUAGACCAGUAUUUUUACCGAGUGCAUCCGCACGCCAGCGCGGACACAACCGGUUAUCGAGAUUAAAUACCUAUGCAAUGCAUCUUGUAGUCAUACAGCACGGCCUAUGGGGCCAACCGGCAAAUACUGCUUACCUAGCAACGCUGCUGCGCGAGCGCCUUGGUGAUGAUUAUGAUAUCAUAAACAGCGACGUCAAUUGCGGCAAUCUAACGUAUGAUGGAGUCGAUGUAUGUGGCGACCGGCUGCAUGAGCUCAUCGUUGCAAGGUUGGAGGCCCUUGCUGCCAAGAGCAAGCCAGCCCACGCCAUCAGCAUGAUUGGCUACUCCAUGGGUGGCCUUGUGACCCGAUAUGUGGCUGGAAAGCUGUACGCGGAGGGGCGCUUUGCAACCAUCACUCCCGUGAACUUCAUCACCGUUGCAACGCCACACUUGGGCGCUUGGCGGAUGCCUAGCACAUGGUACAACAGGGCCUUCAACUACAUGGUCCCGGUGGUCACCAGCCGCUCAGGCUACCAAAUGGUGCUGCAGGACAAGCACCUAUGGGACAAGCCACUACUCUGCCUGCUGAGCCACCCGGACCUUCCCUUCAUGCGCGCCCUGCGCACCUUCAAGAAGCUCAUGCUGCUGGCGAACGUGUUCCACGACCGGCCUGUGCCGUACUGCACGGCAGCAAUACGGCUAGAUAACCCGUACGAAGGCAGCCUGCCGGUCGCCCUCAACCCAAAGUACCCAUCCAUCGUCUGCACGGCGCCUGCUGCUGCCGCCGCCGCCGCCGCCGCUGCAGCCGUUGCAGCAACAGUCUCUACCGGUGCUGCAGGGCCCGCCGCCACAGCUGUAGGACCCAAAUCGCCAGCCAACACGAAGAGUACGGACCCCGGCGCUGCUGACAUCGCUGCUAAGGCUGGAUCUCCCAACGCAGCGCACGCCGCGGCACUUGCAACCGCUGUUACAGUAGUAACAGCAGCCGCUGUUCAGCCGCACGGUCCAACCGCCGCCAACGGCGACUGCGCUGGAACUGGGUGUUCUGGGUCACAUGGGACCCCCCAGGAGCCGUACGACCCACAUCACACACCCCAACACCUGCAGCAGCCGCAAUCUAAAAAAUUCGAUCCGCAGAUGGAGAGCGCAUCGCAGCAGCAACCGCCGCAUGGGCUGCAAGCGGAGGGGGGCCCUCACGGCCACCAGCACCCGCACAAGCCGCUGCCGCGGAGGCCGCUACGCAGCAAGUACCUGCCGGUGAUAUCGGUGCUCUGUCUGCCGCUUGCAGUUCCAGUGCUGGCGCUCAUGGUGGUUGCCGGCCGGUCGCACCACUGCAAAAUGAUGCGUACGGCACUGGACUUCUCUUGGAUCCAACGGCAUUACAACCGCCGCCGGGACAUCGAGGGCGAGGGCGCGCCGGGCGGCCGGGAACGACCCGGCGUGUCACCCAGCCAGCAGCAACUGAACCCCGACGACGCUGCCGGCGGCGACAUCCAAUGCCCCUCCGCACCUGAACUACCGGUAAACCCACCUGCUGCCGGCGCCGGCAAGGACGUCGCUUCUUCCGCAACCGCUGUCGCUCCUCGCAGCGCCUCCUCGAGCGCUGCACCCGCCUCCCAAACGGCGCCUGGUGCGCUUGACGACGGGUGCGACGAGGUAGUGGUCUCGGAGCAGGGUGUUGAGGUGCUGCUGCAUGACGGGGUGGUGGAGCUGCCGGCGCAGCUGCACCGAGUGCAGGAGUGGCUGGUGGAGCAGCUCAACCAGCUGCCCUGGCACAAGGUGGAUGUGGACUGCCGCGACCUGCACGCGCACGCCGCCAUCAUCAACCGCAACCCCGCGCGCUUCCAUCACACCCGGGAUGUGUUGGAGUACCUAGCGGACAACUUCAUGCGGAGCUGAGCAGGGCUGCCGGGCGGCUGAGCUGCUGGGAUGACACGGAUGGGUAUCGGUUAAGAAGGGCGUGGUUAUGGAAUGACCCAAAUCAAUGAGCGGCCCGGGUCAGGUAAUCUGAGUUAGAGCAGAGCCCGGAAGGGCGAAGUACGGUAUGUGCUUUCCUGAAACACGAGGCACUCACCGUUGGUCGUCCGGGGCAUGGGCAGCCGACGGAGGCAGGACGGUUGAACUGGAUGGGCAUCACGGUGCAAUCCGAUGGGGACAGAAGCUGACGACCCGAUGCAAUCUUGCCGUGCUGGACAGAGGGAGGCGUGUUUGCAUAGCAAGUUAGUAACGCAUGUAUGAGCCAAGUAAACGCUCGGCUACCUUGCUCAGCCUGGUGGGUGGCACCCAGCCGCAACCCCAGCGUCCCCCUGUCCGCACUCCUAGGGCUUUAAUUGUCCGAAACAGCAAGCGAACACUGCAACGAAGUGUAUAGCGGUAGAUAGGUAGGCAGCGGUACACGAUGAGCAGGCCAGGUGGUAUAACCGUCUUGCAGAGUCAUAUGCUGUUGGUUUAGUGUUCGGCAGUUAUGUUUGUUGCCGAGUUACUGAUUUCCUUGAGCUGUGCACACAGAGCGGUGCCGUAAGGGGUCAAGCGACAUGGCUCCGCAAAAGGGGGCACACGGAGAUCGCCCACGGCUGCAGCAUAUACUUGCACAUGCAUUGCGGGCGGGUGCCGUGUCGAGCGGACACCGGGCUGUGUUUUGGUUGGACUCGUGGUUACGUUUGCUUGUAUACCGGUUGGUCAUCAUCUCAUCAAUCGUUUUGGUGUAAAUCAUUCAUGGACGCGCUUGCAGGAGGCACUGCGUUGCCGUUCGCUGUACUUGCAUUGUCCACCUGUGUGGCAGCAGAGUGCGCUACAUGGGCAGAGUAGGGGCCACUUGUGAGGGAGCUGCAGCGUGGGCGCGCAACCCAAUCAUUGUGGUAUACCGUGUACCGGGUAUGCUAGAUUGCUAACCCUGUAAACCUUUUGGCGG